AUGGACACGAUUCUGUUUCUCGGUCCGUACACUGGAUUCCACCCGACCAGAGCUUUCACGAUCUUCAGAGCUUCUGAGUGGGAUGCGAAGAUAAUCUUCGGCAUUAGCAAGCUGUUCCGUCAGAUCUCCACUGUCAGUCCAGGGACAGAGGACCUUGAACUUGAAGGAAGAGUUUGCAAGGGUAUGCCAGAGGAAGUAUGGGUCGGGGUCGUUGUGAGAGGAAUGUUGGCGAAUAUAAGAUCGCUGCGAGUAAAAAUCAAGGAGGGCUGGGAUGGAUCAGAAGGACAGCGGUGCAGAGUAAUCGCUGCAAUAGGAUGGAAGACCACGCGCCAAAGCGGAGACAAGCGAGUGAGAUCAACAGCGCAGGAUGACGGUGCCCGGAGGUCCAACAGCCUAAAAAUGAUCAGCUGUCAAGCCAUCGAUGUGACUACCGUUACGUACCUUGAUGGGGUUCUCGGAGACCCCGCAAACACUGACGCUAAGUGGGUACGAGAUUCUGCCCAGUAA